AUGGGUCCUGGCAUGGGCAUGGGUAUGGGUAUGGGUAUGGGUGUUCCGCAGCGAGUGCCUGUCGGCCCAGCAAUGGCUAUGCCGCAGGGUAGAGCCAUGCCUAUGGCUGGCGGCCCGGUCGCCCACGGCCGUCCGUUGCCUCUCGGCCAAGCCGCCGCCGGCAUGCCGCACCCGCAUCUCGGCCCGCAGCAGGGCCACCCGGGCUUCGCCCCACACAUGCCGCACGUUCCGCACCACCACCCGCAGUCGCCGGUCGGAAAGUACUACAACCAUGGUCUGCACGCCAGCGGACAGGCCGGCGGGCAGGCGGCGGCAGCGGCGGCGGCGGCGGGGCAGUCCAGUGUCGCGCCCGAGGCGUACGCCGUUCGUGCGGCGCUCAAGGCGUCGAUUGCCGAGGCCGAGGCGCGCCAGCUGCGCAAGGCCAACUCGGUCCUUGUCCGGCAGCAUGUGUCGUCCAAGCUGCAUCGGCUGCCGCCGGCGCCGCGCGACUCGACUGGCGCCCGCGAGUACCGGCUGGAGGAGGCGCUGGUGACGGAGCGCGCCGAGUUUACCCGCAUCCUCGCCGACCUGGAGCGCGAGCUGGAGGAGGUCAAGGCGGCGGCGGCUCGGUAUGCCGGACAGGACGGCUCGGCGGCACUCAUCAACCGCGUGGCCGAGCUCGAGGCCGCGCAGAGCCAGGCCGAACAGGCCAUGGCCGUCCUCCGCCGCGAGCGCAACGUCGCACUGCAGCAGACCGAUCUUUGGGCAACGUCGGCAAAGCGGCUGGGGUAUGUGGCGCAGUCCGGCCGGCGGGCCAAGGACGCCGCGGCGGCGCUCGGCCCGGUCGUGCGUGGGCCAGCGUCAGCCGCUUCAGGCGCGCUCGCCCUCGAGAACGAGGCACUGCGGACCAAGCUUGCCCAGGCCCGCGCCGCCGCCGACGCCCGCGAGUACGAGGCUGCUAAGGAGCGCGAGGUCCGGGUCAUGACCCACGGCCAGUACGCAGACCGCGACGUCGACAUCCUCCGCAUCAAGAACGCCAAUCUCCUCCGCGACCUCAAGACUCUCGCCCACGAGAACCUCCGUACCAAGCGCCGCUACAAGCUCGCCAAGCGGACACUCGAAGAGACCGAGCGCGCCUUGAUCGACGCCCAGGGCGACGACGUCACUCUCGCAGGCACCAACGCGUUUGGCGCACAAGGCUCGCAGCACUCGCUCGCCUCGACCGCCUUUGCCUCCCGUCGCCCGGCAGGCAUUCCGGGCGUCGUCCCGGCCGUUGGCCCGGCCGCCGCGCCCUACACUCUUCCGGCUUCGCUCCCGCCGCAGGCUGCGCCCUACGGCCGUGGUCCCAUUCAUGGCCUCGCCGGUGGCCCCGCCCGUGGCCCGCGCACCAACAUCCCCGGCGUUGUCCGCAAGUAG